GAUUAUAUCAGCUAUUCCGGGAGAGAGAGGGAGACAGAAACUGCCGGGGCGGAUGUGUGGAAGCUUUAACCGAAGGGGGCGACCACGCACGGACGCGCACUCCUCGAUCGCUCCAAACUCGUAAUUGUAAAUCGUGAGGGAGACGCAGCUGAACCAUUCCCAUCAUAUCGGCACACCGGGCUCGCCACCUUUAUCUCCCUACUCCGUGCUGAGUGGAGGAGCUAUCUCACAUAGAGGAUUUCCUCCCUCGCGUAUAUUUAGAUAUUGUUGUUAUUAUUUUCGGGCAGGGCUGUGCUGGUUAAUGGGCGUCUUGGACGGCUGCGUUUCCCAUGUGCCCGCGUGAGCGCAGCGGCAGCAGCAGCACCUUGAGGAAGAGGAGGAUUUCUCCGCCGUGACCGCGUCGUGAACAGUGGAAAUACUCUCUCCUGCUCUGGUUCACUACUAAACCCGCAAAGAAGGGAGAAGUAGAGAGAUAAAGGCUCUAUUUGGGGGUGAAUUAUCAACGGGACAGGCCUGCUGAGAUGCUCUCCAGAAUGAAUCCCUUACACUGAACAGGAUCUUAAAUCCGCAUUUUAUUCUGAAAGUAGCGUGGAGGCAGCCAUGGAAGUGAAGGAACGUAGACCUUAUCGCUCACUCACUACCCGGCAGGAUUCGGAGCGCCGUUACACCAGCUCUUCAGCGGACAGUGAAGAUGGAAAACCCAACUCGAAAUCCUACAGCUCCAGUGAAACCCUCAAAGCCUUCGACCAUGACUCAAGGAUGGCCUACGGGAGCCGGGUCAAGGAAAUGGUACACCACGAAGUGGAUGAGUUCAACCAGCAAGGGGCAGACUUUUCCCUUCGAGACCUUGGCUUUGGGGAAGCCCUCCCUUCACACGCAGCCUCGUACAGGACAGACAUGGGCCUGCCUCACCGUGACUACUCGGUCAGCGUCGGAUCCGACGCGGACACGGAGACGGACGGCAUCAUGUCCCCGGAGCACGUGGUCAGGCUUUGGGGCCGCAGCAACACCAAGUCGGGCCGCAGCUCGUGCCUCUCCAGCCGGGCCAACUCCAAUCUAACUCUAACCGACACCGAACACGAGAACACAGAAAACGGUCCUCCGCUGCAUUGUUCAUCCUCCUCCUCCUCCCCUGUUGAGCAGCUCCCAUACCCUCCCCCUUCCAUUGCAGCCAAUGAGAACCAGGGAAGGUUGCUAGGUAACUGUGCGGCUCAGCCAGCCCAGGACUCUGACUCUGAGGAUGAGUUUGGCCCCAAUUCAUUCUUAGUUAAAACGGGCUCAGGGAACCUGUGCGCUCCUGCCUCUGCAGCUGCUGAUGACGGAGUCUUUCAGAACCACACCCGGCUGCGGACGCCCCCUUUACCCCUUUCCCACUCUCACUCCCCCAAUCAUCAGCACCAUGCAGCCUCUAUUAAUUCCCUGAACAGGAGCAACUACACUCCUCGGAGCAACGCGAGUCCGGCACCCACAGACAGUUCUGCUCCCCCCGAGGGUCCUGCCAGUGCUCCAGACUCUGGCAGCGCUCAGGACAACUGGCUGCUCAACAGCAACAUCCCUCUGGAAACAAGGAGCCAGAAUACUCUAAUGUUUAACAGAGAAGAACAAGACGCUUGCAGAGAGGGGCAGGGCUCGUACAAAACCAGAAACAUAGCAAAGCAGACAUUCCUAGAGACUUUGCAGGACAACCUCAUUGAGAUGGACAUUCUGGCAUCAGCGCGCCACGAUGCCUCGUACAACGACGGGCAUUUCCUGUUCAAACCAGGUGGUACAUCGCCAAUGUAUUGCACAACUUCCCCGGGGUACCCUUUGACCUCCAGCACAGUGUACUCACCUCCUCCACGCCCUUUACCUCGAAACACCUUCUCUCGGCCUGCCUUCAGCUUGAAGAAACCCUACAAGCACUGCAACUGGAAAUGUGCUGCUCUCAGUGCCAUCCUCGUCUCAGUAACACUGCUGCUCUUAUUAGCCUACUUCAUUGCCAUUCACCUUUUGGGAUUAAACUGGCACCUGCAGCCAAUGCAAAGACAGAUGUACCAGCUGUCAGAAGACAAUACAAGUGGCCUAACAUUUCCUACAGACCUGAGUUUGCCCCCGCUAGGCAACACAGGCUUGGAAAUACCUGAUCGGAAGGGAAAAGAUGACAGCAAAUUGGACAGCUUGUUCCCGGAUGACAGCUAUAUAGAUAUGGGGGAGAUUGACGUGGGCCGAAAGGUCGCACAGCAGAUUCCUCCUGGUAUCUUCUGGAGAUCUCAGGUCUUCAUCGAUCAUCCCAUGUACCUGAAGUUUAAUGUGUCGCUCAGCAAAGAUGCCUUAGUGGGGGUCUACGGAAGAAGAGGCCUUCCUCCAUCGCACACCCAGUUUGACUUUGUGGAGCUGUUGGACGGGCGGCGACUCCUGGCCCAAGAUAUCCACGGUCUUGAGGGGCCCGCGGCUAUGCAGCGGAGUCUCAUACCAAUCACCACCCACGACACGGGCUUCAUCCAGUACAUGGACUCAGGCAUCUGGCACCUAGCCAUCUACAACGACGGGAAAGAAACAGAAACUGUCUCCUUCCUCACCACUGCCGUAGAUUCCAUUGAUGACUGUCCUAGUAACUGCUUUGGAAAUGGCGACUGUGUCGCCGGAACAUGCCAUUGCUUUUUAGGAUUCAAAGGACCUGACUGUGGGCGAGCUGCCUGUCCGGUGCUGUGCAGUGGGAAUGGUCAAUACCUUAAAGGUCGCUGCAUGUGUCACAGCGGCUGGAAGGGUUCCGAGUGUGACGUUCCCACCAACCAGUGCAUUGACAUCACAUGCAGCGGCCAUGGGACCUGCAUCGUGGGAACGUGCAUCUGCAACCCAGGCUACAAGGGAGAAAACUGUGAAGAAGUGGACUGUCUGGAUCCAACAUGCUCGGGCCGAGGCGUCUGUGUCCAGGGAGAGUGCCACUGCUUUGUCGGGUGGGGCGGGUCGGGAUGUGAGAGUCCCAGGGCCUCCUGCAUGGAUCAGUGCUCUGGACACGGAGCGUUCCUGGCAGACACCGGGACGUGCAGCUGUGAUCCCAACUGGACGGGCCACGAUUGCUCUACAGAGAUUUGUGCAGCGGACUGUGGUGGCCAUGGCGUUUGUGUUUCGGGCACCUGUCGCUGUGACGACGGCUGGAUGGGUGCCGGGUGUGACCAGAGGGCGUGUCACCCGCGCUGCAACGAGCAUGGCACAUGCAAGGAUGGCAAAUGUGAAUGCAGUCCCGGUUGGAACGGCGAACACUGCACCAUUGCUCACUAUCUGGAUAAGGUAGUGAAAGAGGGCUGUCCUGGUUUGUGCAAUGGAAAUGGUAGGUGCACUCUGGGUAACAGUGGCUGGUACUGCGUGUGCCAGCUGGGCUGGAGGGGCACUGGCUGUGACACCUCAAUGGAAACUGCCUGCAGUGAUGUCAAGGACAACGACGGAGAUGGCCUGGUGGACUGCAUGGAUCCAGACUGCUGUCUUCAGGCAACCUGUCACACUACUUCAUUGUGCGUGGGUUCGCCCGAUCCUCUGGACAUCAUCCAAGAAACACAGAUGUCCUCUGCGCAUAGCAACCUGCAGACGUUCUAUGACCGAGUGCGCUUCCUGGUGGGCAGGGAGAGCACACACGCUGUUCCCGGAAAAAACCCCUUCGACGGCAACCACGCUUGUGUCAUCCGUGGACAAGUUGUGACCUCCGAUGGAACGCCACUGGUCGGAGUUAAUGUCAGUUUCAUUAAUAAUCCCUCCUACGGCUACACAGUCACCAGGCAGGAUGGAAGCUUUGACUUGGUGACCAAUGGGGGCAUAGCCAUAGCUCUACACUUUGAGCGCGCUCCAUUCAUCACCCAGGAGCACACUCUGUGGUUGCCAUGGGGACGCUUCUUUGUCAUGGACACCAUCGUCAUGCGGCACGAGGAAAAUGACAUCCCGAGCUGUGACCUCAGCAGCUUUAGCCGCCCCGUCCCCGUGGUAUCCCCAGCCCCGCUGACUGCUUUUGCCGGCUCCUGCUCUGAAAGGGGGACGGUUGUACCUGAAAUCCAGUCUCUGCAGGAAGAAGUGCCCAUCCCAGGGAGUGAUAUGAAACUCAGCUACUUGAGCAGCAGGACGGCAGGUUAUAAGUCAAUCCUAAGGGUGACCCUCACCCACUCCACAAUUCCUUUCAACUUGAUGAAGGUUCACCUCAUGGUGGCUGUGGAGGGCAGGCUGUUCCGAAAGUGGUUUCCUGCAGCUCCUAACCUGUCCUACGACUUUGUGUGGGAUAAGACUGAUGUCUACAGCCAGAAGGUGUACGGCCUCUCUGAAUCCUUUGUUUCAGUGGGUUUCGAGUAUGAAUCAUGUCCAGACUUGAUUCUGUGGGAGAAGAGGACUGCUUUUCUACAAGGCUACGAAACCAUCGCCUCCAAACUAGGAGGGUGGACAAUAGAUAAGCACCAUGCUUUAAAUAUCCAGAGUGGUAUUCUUCACAUGGGCAACGGGGAGAAUGUCUUCAUCUCUCAGCAGCCUCCCGUUAUUGGCAGCGUAAUGGGGAACGGGCGCAGGCGCAGCAUCUCCUGCCCCAGCUGUAAUGGCCUCGCUGAUGGAAACAAACUCAUGGCCCCCGUGGCUCUGGCUUGUGGCUCAGACGGAAGUCUGUACGUGGGCGACUUCAACUACGUGAGGAGGAUUUUCUCCACAGGGAACGUCACCAGCAUCCUGGAGCUCAGAAAUAAAGACUUCAGGCAUAGCAACAGCCCAGCACACAAGUACUACCUGGCCACCAGCCCGGUGAACGGCGCCGUGUACCUGUCAGACACCAGCAGCAGGAAGGUGUUCAAAGUGAAAUCUCUGAAUGUUGUCAAAGAUGUGGCCAAAAAUCUGGAGCUGGUAGCGGGAACUGGUGACCAGUGUCUCCCGUAUGACGAUGCUCGCUGUGGCGAUGGAGGAAAGGCUGUAGAGGCCACGCUGACUAAUCCCCGAGGCAUUACAGUGGAUAAGUACGGUAUUAUCUUCUUUGUGGAUGGAACCAUGAUUCGCAGGAUUGAUCAGAAUGGUGUCAUCUCGACUCUUCUUGGCUUUAAUGACUUGACCUCUGCCCGACCUCUCAGCUGUGACUCGGUGAUGGACAUCUCUCAGGUACGUCUUGAGUGGCCUACAGACCUGUCAGUGAGUCCAAUGGACAACUCACUAUACGUUCUGGACAACAAUGUUGUGCUCCAGAUCUCAGAAAACCACCAAGUCCGCAUUGUGGCGGGCCGUCCUAUGCACUGCCAAGUGCCUGGCAUCGACCACUUUCUUAUGAGUAAAGUGGCCAUCCAUGCUACCCUUGAGUCGGCCAAUGCCUUGGCCGUGUCCCACAACGGUGUUUUGUACAUUGCUGAGUCAGAUGAAAAGAAGAUCAACAGAGUACGACAAGUGUCCACCAAUGGAGAGAUCUCCCUGGUUGCAGGGGCACCAAGUGGGUGUGACUGCAAGAAUGAUGCCAACUGUGAUUGUUACUCUGGAGAUGGAGGUUACUCCAAGGAUGCUAAACUGAAUGCACCCUCCUCCCUUGCAGUAUGUCCAGAUGGAGACCUUUAUAUUGCAGAUCUUGGGAACAUUCGUAUCCGCUAUGUACGGAAAAACAAACCCUUUUUGAACCCCCUUAGCAUGUACGAGGUCUCCUCUCCCAUUAACGACGAACUCUAUUUGUUUGAUUCCAACGGAAGCCACAUUUUCACCCAGAGUCUGACAACAGGAGACCACCUGUAUAAUCUGACCUACAUCGGAGCAGGAGAUCUGACCAGCAUCACUGAUAAGAACAAAAACACAGUGAUUAUUCGACGAGACACAACAGGAAUGCCUCUUUGGCUGAUGGUGCCUGAUGGACAGACCUUUUGGUUCACCAUUGGGACUAAUAGUGCUCUUAAAACCGUGGCUGCACAGGGUCAAGAGCUGGCUUUAAUGACUUACCAUGGAAGUUCAGGACUCCUUGCUUCUAAGACCAAUGAAAAUGGAUGGACAACCUUCUUUGAAUACGACAGUUAUGGGCGUCUGACCAACAUCACUUAUCCCACCGGCAGAAUAAGCAGCUACCGUACGGAUGCUGACAGCUCGGUCCGCAUCCAGACAGAAGGCUCCAACAAAGAGGAUAUCACGGUCACAACCAACCUGUCUGCUUCUGGCAACUUCUAUACACUUUUGCAAGAUCAAGUUCGAAACAGCUACUUUAUUGGUUUGGAUGGCUCGUUGUGGCUAGUUUUGGCCAAUGGUAUGGAGGUGUCGUUGUACACCGAGCCCCACCUGCUGGCCGGUACAGUCAACCCCACGGUCAGCAAGAGGAACAUAACCCUGGCUAUUGACAAUGGCCUCAACCUGGUGGAGUGGAGGCAGAGGAAGGAGCAGGCUCGAGGACAAGUCACGGUGUACGGACGCAGAUUGAGGGUUCAUAACAGAAACCUCCUUUCACUGGACUUUGAUCGAAUCACCAGGACAGAAAAGGUCUACGAUGAUCACAGGAAGUUUACGUUACGGAUCCACUACGAUCACGCUGGCCGGCCCACUCUUUGGGCACCGAGCAGUCGCCUGAACGGAGUCAAUGUCACGUACUCUCCCGGGGGCCACGUGGCAGGUAUCCAGAGAGGGACCAUGUCCGUACGCAUGGAGUACGACCAGAACGGCAGAAUCACCUCCCAGAUAUUUGCCGAUGGUAAAUCGUGGAGCUACACUUAUCUCGAAAAGUCCAUGGUCUUGCUGCUCUACAGUCAGAGGCAGUAUAUCUUUGAGUUUGACAGAAAUGAUCGACUCAGUUCUGUGACCAUGCCCAACGUAGCGCGGCACACCUUAGAGACUUCCCGCUCUAUUGGCUACUACAGAAACACCUACCGACCCCCUGAAGGGAACGCAUCAGUGCUCCAGGACUACAGCGAAGAUGGACAGCUACUGCAGACUACCCACCUGGGCACAGGCCGCAGGGUGACCUACAAAUAUGGAAAGCUGUCCAAGCUGCUGGAGAUCCUCUAUGACACCACGCGCAUUGGUUUCUUCUACGACGAGGUGGCUGGAAUGUUGAAGACCGUUAAUCUGCAGAGUGAAGGUUUCACCUGCACAAUCCGCUACCGGCAGAUUGGCCCGCUGAUUGACAGGCAGAUCUUCAGAUUCAGCGAGGAAGGCAUGGUCAACGCCAGGUUUGACUAUGUCUACGACAACAGUUUCAGAGUCACCAGCAUGCAGGCAGUCAUCAAUGAAACUCCAUUGCCGAUAGACUUGUAUCGCUACGAUGAUGUGUCGGGGAAAACCGAGCAGUUUGGCAAAUUCGGUGUCAUCUAUUAUGACAUAAACCAAAUUAUAACCACGGCAGUGAUGACCCACACGAAGCACUUUGACGCCUACGGUCGAGUGAAGGAGGUCCAGUAUGAGAUUUUCCGUUCGCUCAUGUACUGGAUGAUGGUGCAGUAUGAUAAUAUGGGCCGCGUGGUGGCCAAGGAGCUAAAAGUUGGACCUUAUGCCAACACCACACGUUACACCUAUGAGUAUGACGCUGAUGGUCAACUCCAGGUGGUCUCCAUCAAUGACAAGGCUUUGUGGAGGUACAGCUAUGACCUCAAUGGCAACUUGCACCUCCUCAGUCCUGGAAACAGUGCACGCCUCACACCUCUACGCUAUGAUAUCAGAGACCGCAUCACUCGUUUGGGGGAUGUCCAGUACAGGAUGGACGAGGAUGGUUUUCUUAAGCAGAGAGGGAAUGACUAUUUUGAAUACAGCUCAGCUGGACUGUUGAUUAAGGUGUACAACAAAGUUAUUGGAUGGAGUAUCAAAUACCGCUAUGAUGGCCUGGGCCGGAGAGUGUCCAGUAGAAGCAGCGCAGGCCACCAUCUGCAGUUCUUUUAUGCCGACUUGUCUAGCCCAACUCGGGUCACCCAUAUGUACAAUCACUCUAGCUCAGAGAUCACAUCACUGUACUACGAUCUGCAAGGUCACCUGUUUGCCAUGGAGUUAAGCAGUGGGGAUGAGUUUUACGUGGCUUGUGAUAACAUCGGCACACCUCUGGCUGUCUUCAGUGGUUCGGGCCUCAUGAUCAAGCAGAUCCUUUAUACUGCAUUUGGAGAGGUUUACCUCGACACCAACCCCAGCCUGCAGCUCAUCAUCGGCUACCAGGGAGGACUGUACGAACCUCUGAGUAAACUGGUCCACAUGGGUCGUCGGGAUUACGAUGUCCUCGCUGGCCGCUGGACAACACCGAACCACGACAUUUGGAAACGUCUGAACAGCAACCACAUUGUUCCCUUCAAUCUGUACAUGUUUAAGAGCAACAGUCCUCUCAGCAAUAACGAAGAGACAAAGUGCUACAUGACAGAUGUGAACAGCUGGUUGGUGACGUUUGGCUUCCAGCUGUACAACGUUAUCCCCGGCUAUCGUAAACCCAACACAGAGAGCAUGGAGCCGUCCUACGAGCUGGUCCGCACUCAGAUCAAGACCCAGGAGUGGGACAGCACCAAGUCUUUGCUGGGUGUUCAGUGCGAGGUUCAGAGGCAGCUGAAGGCCUUCGUGAAGCUGGAGCGUUUCGGUCAGAUCUACAGAGCCAAAAGUGCUGGUUGUCCUCAGACUGAAGACAAGAAGAUAUUUGCCUCAGGUGGCUCCAUCUUUGGGAAGGGAGUGAAAUUCGCCAUCCGAGAGGGUCGCAUCAGCACGGACAUCAUCAGCUUGGCCAACGAGGACGGGCGUCGCAUGGCCGCCGUUCUGAACGACGCGUUCUACCUUGAAAACCUUCACUUCACCAUCGCAGGAAUGGAUUCCCACUACUUUGUGAAGCUGGGCUCAGUGGAGGGAGACCUGGCCCUCAUCGGCAUGACGGUGGGCCGGCGCACGCUGGAAAACGGCGUCAACGUCACCGUUUCUCAGGUCAACACUGUGCUAAACGGCAGGACUAGGCGCAUCACCGACAUCCAGCUGCAGUACGGAGCGCUGUUUCUGAACACGCGUUACGGAAGCAGCGUGGACGAGGAGAAGGUCCGAGUGCUGGAGCUGGCUCGGCAGAGAGCUGUCGGUCAGGCUUGGGCCCGGGAGCGCCAGAGACUGAGGGAUGGAGAGGAGGGUUCACGGACCUGGACUGAGGGAGAGAAGCAGCAGCUCUUGGGCUCAGGGAAGGUGCAAGGCUACGAUGGAUACUACGUAGUUUCGGUUGACCAGUACCCCGAGCUGGCAGACAGUGUCAACAACAUUCAUUUCAUGAGACAGAGCGAAAUGGGCCGAAGGUGACAUGAACACGGGGCUUUCCAGUGACUGACUCAGAUGUAGGACAUGGGACUUCUUGCCAAAGACAGUUGUAUACAUGACCACUUUUUUUUCUUUGACUGUGCUCAACUUUUUUUUACUAAACUGUAAAAAGAAAACAAAAAUGGUUGCAGACAGUUGCACUGUAUUACUGAAAGAGUGCCCUUCUCCUUCUGAAGAUUCUUUACCAGUCUUUGCCCUCCAAGUGCGGCUGCUAGAGGAUGAAUAUUUGUGAUGUCUUGUGACUCCAUUUCCUCAUCCCUGUUGGUGAUUCUGUUCAAAGGAAUCCAAGAGGAGUUUUGGUAAUGCAUUAUGUUCCCUGGCUCGCUCCGCUGCCAGACUUGCAGAUUGUUAUUCACGAGCUUGCUUCAUUCUGCCUUUUUCUGCGCCUCAGCCAAGGAGAUUCCAUCUCUUUUAAUCAUUUCUUUUUAUACUUGAAGCCCUCAUAGCCCCCGUCAUCCAUAAAUAAUGAGAGCGAUUUCUGUCGGCAGUAAAGUCCUUCAUCAGAACCACAGCUGAACUUGUCAAAGCGCCUUCGUUUGUGUGAUGUCUCGUAAUUUUAUAAGCGGAGGCUUUAUACUCACAUGUGGUUUGACUCGGAAGGCUUUGGCGCACCCUGACUGUGCGUGUCGGCCUUUUUCAUCGACAACUAAAUUAGCGAAAAUUGCAUAAUUAAGUCUAAAUUGUAUAGUGAAGCCAACAAUGGCAUGUGAGCUCUGCUCAGGUUUUAUCUGCUUCUUUUAUUCCAUUUAAACCACAUUUCUUUAUUUCUAAUGAAGAAAACAAAUAACAUGGGAUGGAGCAUUCUUUUUUUUUUUUUUAUCCGGCUGUGGUCAAACGACUCGGUUUUAAAAGUACAUCAGAUCCUGUAAGAAAAUACUGUGGAAAUAUUGUCUGUAUUAAACAACAAAAUGUAUUUUCUGGGAAAGGUUUAGAAUCACGUUUUGGUUUGGUUUUAUAAAUAACUAUAUGAAUUAACAGUAUAACAAAUGUGAAUUAAGAGAAAUGUGAAUUAGUGUCCCGUUUAUUGUAAAUUGUUGUACUUGAACAUUUCUUUAAGGGUGUUUGAAGACAUGGAAUAAACUGAGAAGGUGGUUUUACUUCCAUUGAUUUCUGUGCAUUUCAUUAGACUUGCUGCAUUUUCCUGUUUUUGGUUCCUUACUUAUUGUUUAUCAGUAAGUCAGUAUUCCACAACACAGUGUCCGAUCAAAUUAGGCUUCGUACGGUAAAUCAUUUUCAUUUAACUAGAAAGAAAGUUAAAGGAACACACAAAUUCAUGCUUCAUAUGCAUAUUGGCUGCAGAGAUAAAUGGGCUUUGCGUUGUGUUGUGGAUGUGAUGAAAGAUACAAAUUGCCUUUUCCUUAAGGGCUGCCCUCUGGUCAGCAUCGAAAGUGCUUUCUUUCACCAGAAUAGGGCUCCACUCGGUUGGCGGAAAUGCAUUUGACCCGCAGGUGUACCAGCUCCAAUUUUACAGACUAAAGGUUGUCUAUACACACCAACUUCGGAAAUAACCUUCAUGGACACUUUCUGGCACUCGUGCGUCUGUGACCCCUCCCCCUUCCUCGUGGAUUCUGCAAAAGGACAAUUUACUUCAGCUCACUGAAAAAAAUAUAUAUCAUGAAAACUCAAAAGACUAUUUUGAAAAUUUGUGACAUCGAUUUGACUUCUGGUACCUUUUUUUGUGAACUAUGCCAAGCCAUUGCACACCCUGACUUUGUCAUUUUCACCAUCAAACACAAGAACUUGUCUGUGUGUGUCGGGGAGGUGAGAGCAAGGCUGAGUGUCUCAAUCUGUACAAACGACAAAGUAAACGGAUCUUUUUCCCCUUCUGGUCGAUUCAGUGGUGUUUUGUUUUCAGAAACAAUACGUACGUCCAGCAUAUUGUGGAUGAAGGAUAUUUGCAUUGUGGAAUAUUGCACUGAUAACCGUUGCGUCAUAAGACUGAUCUUUUUCUAAGGUUUUGGACUCAUUUUGAGUUUGGGUUUGUUCUCAACACUGUGUUUUUAGCGCUUCUCUUUGACUGUAAAUAUGAAAACAUCAAAGUAAGCUGUAAAUAAAAUGCAAAUGUAGAUACCUCUUAGAGCUACAUUGGUGACCCUGUGUAGUCUUAAGGUAGAAAAAAUAAAGGGAAUAUUUUGUGUUUA